AUGAUUGUCGUCCUUCCAGGUCAACCCCCAUCGAAGCUUCAAGCGGUAACUACUGGCUUUUGGGACGGCCAAUACUACAACGCGUACAUAAGUGGCAGCGCCUUCAUAAUCCUCGACGAGUCACAUCACGUGAUUCAAACCAUUUACGACGACGACAACGACCGCCAACUUGAUGCCAUUGUCAUUGAUGAAAUAUCUGGGAAAAUCGCCACCUGCUCGGCCGAACAAGUCCGUAUCUAUCAGCCAUUAAUAUUACGGGAAGACAGCGUGAAGUGGGCUCAACAGUCAGUUCUAGAUGUCUCGCUCUCGUCUCCCGACGCACCAUGCACCUUAUCAUGGGGCAGCUCCGAAGAACUUCUUAUAGCCUCCGACUCAUUAGCGCUGUUCGCGACAGCUGGCCAACCAGCAAAACUGUGGCAAAAGAGGCUACCCAAUGCUGCCAAAUCAGCCAUCCUUGCUCCUGAUUCGGCAUAUGUUGCCUCGAUCGGCCAGCAUGAUUGUCUGGCCAAAAUUUGGCGACGAUUAAGUUACGCAUCCGAUGAGGUCCAGUUCGACGUAACAUACCUUCCACAUCCCGACAUCGUCGUGUCUAUUCGAUGGCGAAAGCCUUUCCAGCCAGGCCACACGACGAACAAUGUCUUGUAUACAUCAUGCCUGGAUGGCUCAAUCCGUGUCUGGGUUUCGACCGAAGCAGUGGAGGGCUGUCAGUGGCAACUCCGUGGCCGAAUCGACAUGACUGAAUCAAUGGGAAGACCCAUAGGAACACAGGCUCUACUAGUAGUCAUUUUGGAUGGUCGCGACCUCACAGCCGCUCUUGAGCGAGCCGUCCGUGACCGUAUGGCCGAUGAUGAGAAAACAGAUGAUGUCGCUAUAAAAAAUCUUGUGGCAAUAGCCACGAGGAAUCCGGAAAUAUGUAUCAAAUUUGAUAUUGAUGGUAACAUGCUCGCCUGGGCGCUGGAGAAUGUGGGAAGCAGUGACCCCGAAUUGUUUCAAGUUCACAAUAUCGCACGGGCUAAGCUAUCAGAAAUCGACGCGCUGAGAGACUUCGUGUGUAACAGAUCAAUUCCGAGUGGAGGCCACAUCGAAACCCAAAACUACUGCAACAUGGCGACUGGGAAGCUUCAUGUUGUUCUGCAUUCCUUUGAUGGUAAGAUUGGAGUGUUUGUAUCUGAUGUGGCGGAUCUGCUGGACCCCCUUGUGAGUGACCGACGACUUACUCUGCAAACCGUCUGGACCGGACACGCCUCUUCAAUCGAGAAGAUUGUUCGCAAUUUCAGUGGACACGCUGUUGUAUCGCGAACUGGGAGUGGGGAAUGCAUUCUCUGGAAGUACUCUACACACGACGUGAGGAAUGAAGGGCAAGCAUUUUCUCGAAACACCGUCAUACCACCAGUCGUAGGUAUACAACGCAUCUGUGUAUUGCGAAAGGGGCAGUUUGCUGUGUUUCUGUGCCGAAAUGCGCUGAUGCUGUGGGACUGUCGAUCCGAAACCGCGUCCAUGCUUGCCAAAUGUUCGUUUGAUAUUCCCGGAUCCCCUCUAUGCUUGAUGGUGCUUCCACGACCACCAUCAGCUGGAUAUGAAGCUGCAUACAUUGCGACAAUAACACCGAGUGGUUUGGGAAUAGUAUGGGAAGUCAUGCUACCAAACAAGACCGACAAGACGCCGAAAACAAGCACGUCGGGAUUAUCCGAAUUCUGCCGGUUUCGGCUUGACAUCCCGGAUGCGCUCAAGUACGUCCUUGCUGUUGACCCGGCUGGUCCGGCUCUGGCGGUGUCAGGAUUUCUCGACAUAUUCGCAAGGGAUGUGGCGAUUUCAUAUACGAGCACGGGGAGAGUCGAAUUUUGGGCGGCUCGCGUCGAUUUAGGACAAAGAAAGGUCGAUUGGCUGUCAACGGCUUGCACAGAGACUGGUCUCCUAGAACCUGCACUGGCAAGUGGAAGCAUGCUUAAAAAAGCGGCCGUGGUCAACUCUACACGAUCGCAGCUGACAAUUUGGGACAUUGGCGGUUCGCGACUUGAAUUUGACAAGGACUACAGGACGCAUCACAUCAUCAAGGACCUUGACUGGACCUCGACUCCAGAUGCACAAGCUAUACUGGCAGUUGGAUUUCAGCAUCAUGUUGUGUUGCUUUCUCAAAUGAGGUUCGACUAUCUUAACAAAGGACCUGCUUGGGCCCCUAUCCACGAGAUUAACAUUCGCGAGCUGACUUCGCAUCCAAUCGGAGACUCAGCUUGGCUUUCCGACGGACAUUUAGUUAUUGGAGCCGGAAACCAGCUUUUGAUUCACGAUCGACACAUGGAAAUUGGAGAACCUGGCACUGUCAUUGGUGCUCACGCUACAAGAUGCGAGACACGGGACUUAUUUGAAGCAGUUCAACGAUACAAUGGUCCUCUAUCAGUAUUCCACCCUCAGUUUUUGAGCCAGUGCGUCCUGGCUGGGAAGGGAACCCUCGUCCGAGACAUAUUGCUGGCCUUGCACAAGACCUUGACGUAUCUCAUUCCAGGUGACCCUAUCGAUGACUAUCUAGGACUUCGGAUGACCCAGUUUUAUGCAUCAAAUGGAACUCUUGCAAAUGAGAUGAGUAGAGCUAAAGGCUCCCUGACUGGGGCCAAAAGCUUUGAUGAGGAUGAGAAAUUCAGCGAAGAAACAGCCGCGUCUAUCAAUGAUACUCUGACCAGGAUUAGGAUCCCGCAGCUUUCUGGGCACGAACAGAUACAGCUAGCGGACAUUGUUGAAUGCGUCGCUUUGGUGGAAAGCCAUCGAAGAUCCAUGGACGAGAACGCGGCCCGGUUCAUGUUGUUCUUUCGCCAGCAUGCACUCCGAAAAGGACGGACGAACGAAAUGGAGCUUUCUUGGCGAGAGAUUAACUGGGCUUUUCACUCCAACAGCCAAGAUAUUCUGCUAAAUUUUGCAUCUCGGCAGAAUCACGGCGUGAUGCUGUGGGAACAAGCCCGUGAGUGCGGAGUGUUCAUGUGGCUGUCCGACUUAACAGCAUUGCGCAAUCACUUUGAGGUCAUAGCCAGGAAUGAGUACACGAAGGGUGAACGUAAAGACCCUGUCAACUGCAGCUUGUUCUAUCUUGCAUUGCGCAAGAAGACUGUACUUCAAGGGCUUUGGCGCAUGGCAUCAUGGAAUAAAGAACAGUCGGCAACGCAAAAAUUACUCGGGCAUAAUUUCGAUGAUCCAAAGUGGCGAAGAACGGCCUUGAAGAAUGCAUACGCGCUACUUAGCAAACGGCGAUUCCAAUACGCUGCGGCUUUCUUUCUGCUUGCCGGCCAACUCGAAGAUGCUGUGGAGGUUUGUUUACGGCAGCUGAAGGACUUGCAGUUGGCUAUCGCGAUCAGCCGUGUUUACGAAGGUGACGGAGGGCCAGUACUUCGGAAAAUCCUCCAGGAUGAAGUCCUUGCGGUAGCGGCACAGGAAGGGAACCGCUGGCUUGCGUCAUGGGCCUUUUGGAUGCUCGGCCGCAAAGACAUGGCCGUCAGAGCAUUGAUUACACCUGUUUUUGCCUUGCUGGGAACGCCUUGCUCUCCUGACCUGAAAUCGCGCUCGUUUCUGACUGACGACCCGGCACUCGUGGUCUUGUACGCUCAGUUGCGUGAAAAGACUCUGCAGACUCUUCGGGGAGCAUCAAAAAUAACGCCAAAGAUCGAGUGGGAAUUUGUGCUUCAUAGCGCGAAGUUGUACGACCGAAUGGGAUGCGAUCUUUUGGGUCUUGACCUGGUUCGCAACUGGGAGUUCCAGCAACCUGCAGCUGUAGGAUUCGGCGGAGAAAUAAAUCCGCUGCGGCUUUUGCGACGGCGAAGUUCUCUCGUCGUGGACGAUUUGUCGGCAACGAGGCGCAGAGUUAGUCUUGAAAAGCUGCAGGAGGGGGUGAGGGUUUCGCAGUCGGGCUUUGCGCCCCCUUCUGUCUUUGUUGAACCUGAUGCCACGUCAUUACUUGACAGCUUUGGCUUGUGA